CAGGCACGUAUCCGGGCACAUCUACCCGCUUCUGAAAGCCUCUGGGGUCCUGACAGAAGCAGCCUCGCUCCUCACGUUAGCACACUUCGCUAAGCAGCUAACGCUAAACCUACAGAACUACAGCAGCAUGUCUGGAAGAGAAGGCGGGAAGAAGAAGCCCCUGAAGGCGGCUAAGAAGCAGUCGAAGGACGUAGAUGAUGACGAUAUGGCCUUCAAACAGAAGCAGAAGGAAGAGCAGAAAGCGAUGGAUGCGAUGAAGGCCAAAGCAGCAGGAAAAGGACCUUUAACUGGUGGUGGGAUCAAAAAGUCCGGGAAGAAGUGAGUUGGAGGAUUAUCUUCAGACCAGACCGUCGUUCUGUCCUCAUCUGGGUCCACAGACACACGUGUACAUGAGCUAGCAUUUUUAAUUCCUUUACCCUUCCUUUGUAAACUGAAAUAGCCUGAAAUAAUAAAGUUUUUGUAGCUUAACUACUGUGUUUACAUUUUGUAGACAAAAUGUGCGAGAUGGUAAACCACAGUUCACCGCAGAUACAAACUACAGUACAGUUAAAAUACAUACAAUUACACUUAAAACUAAAAGAUAAAAACUGAAAGAUCACUUCGUCCACGCUAUUCCUGUCUUUACAAACUGGCUCUUUUUAUUUAUAUAUAUAUAUUUUUCACGUCGUCCCAGCACCACUCCCAGUGUUUCUUUUCCUCUUUAUUUUCCACGUUUUCCUGAGCCUGAAACAAAAAAGGGGGGUUAUUUUUCUUUAUUUUGUAGUUUAAGCGACUCUGAAGUGUAAAUUUGGAGUCGUGUGUUGUUGUUUGUAACAGAGAGGAUGUAUAAAAUAAAGAAUUACGCUGCUUACUUUGA